CUUCUCUUACCAUUAUUCUCAUCAGACCACACACCAUGUGCCUUCUGUCUUAUUGCACCAGCGAGAGUCUCAGAUCCCCGCUCAUAUUUACAUGGGUCUUAGAGCAACUGGUCUCACAUCCACUCUGUCGUCUGGCCAAACAUGAAGUCCUCUCUGGUGUUCACGUUGAUGAUCACUGGACUUGUCUCCAUCCUCCCUCAGGUAAGGACUACUGUCCUGCUCAGCCCAGAAUAUAUGUUGUCUAUAUGACAUGUAGGAACAAUAGAGCAACAGCAGAAUCUUUGAAAAAUAAAUGUCAAUAAUGUUCUGCAGGUGUGUACUUUAAUAUUGUUUGCUCUCUCAUUUCUCCCACUUCACAGGCCCAGUCUUCGCCCAGUGAUUGUGUGUGUAACCUGAAGAACUCUGAGCACCCCUUCCCUCAUGACAAGCUGCAGACUGUAGAGAACAGUGCCUCAAAGUGCACUAAAAACAUCACUCCACAGCAGGUAAGAGACAGGCUUCUGAAAUCCUAUUUCUAAAUUCCCACUUUCUCUAAAACAAUUACUACAAAUAAAUAGUGAAUAAAAUAAGAUGAAGAAGAAGCAGAUAUUCCACAUCAUUUCAUUGUGUAUAAAAGUAAAGAAAGUAAUAGUGUACUCUUAGAAAAAAAGGUUCCAAAAAGGUUAUUCGGCUGUCCCUAUAGGAGAACCCUUUUUGGUUUCAGGUAAAAUCAUUUUUGGUUCCAGGUAUAAGCAUUUUGGGUUCCAUGCUGUGGAAAGGGUUCUACAUGGAACCCAAAACAGUUCUACUUGGAACCAAAAGGGUUCUAUCUGGAACUAACAAGGGUUCUUCAAAGGCAAUGGCGACAGCCGAAGAACCCUUUUAUUAUUAUUAUUUUUUUUUUUUGAAAAAAACCUUUUAGGUUCUAGAUAGUACAAUUUUUUCAAAGAGUGUAUCUCCUGUUCACCUUUAGACUAUGGAGGUGGAGGGUCUGUUGCUGGGUCUGAAGAGGCGUCUACCUCAGCUGGAGGCUGAUGUGUCAGUGCUGGAGCAGGAGGACGAUGGGGGUCUGUACGGGACAGUGUCUCUUCAGGUCAUAGAGAAUGAACUGUCUGAGAUCCAGCAGCUCAUCGCCAAACUCAACAGUACCACUCACAGCCACCAACGCCUCAACGCAGACACUGCUGAACAGGUAAGGAGCUUCACUGGAGAUCAAACUCUAUUUUACUCAAGAAGUUGCCUAAAAUACUUUACCUUAGCAAUGGGCAUGCCAUUAUAGUUACAUUAUAUAUGAACAUGUAUGACUACCAUAUAUAGUAUGAGUUUAGAGGCGUUGUAGAGAAGCGUGGAUCCUCAGUUUGACUAUGUGUAUUGAGGAUUGGUCAGAUGCUCUUCUUCCCAGCUGCAGGAGCUUAAAGAAGAGAUGGGGAAGCUGGAGAAAUUUGACAACAUGCAGGUGGUCAGGGGAAAGGAGGUUAACAAACGUCUGAGGAGGGACCUAGACCAGUGCAAGAACGGCAACCAUCCUACUGCCCCACCCCCUGAACCUGCACCUGGUUCGUCUCCUCAUGCAUUCUCCCACAGCAAUGCCUGUAUUGAAAUUUUUGACACUGUCAUCAUGUUCAUUCUGUGUCUCAUGUAGGAAACUGUCCCCUGGGCCGCCUCCGGAGCGUGACUGGUCCCAACACAUAUACAGUUACUGAAUAUGCCGCCGCAUAUCCUUAUGGCUCCUGGGGUCGCGACCCCAAACCUGCUGCAGGGAAGGAGAGCUGGUUUUGGAUAGUGCCUUUGACUUCAAGCAAUGUGUUCUCUAACUUUGUGAGACUUUAUAGCAGCCUGAGCUCUCUGGUUGUGGGGGUCAGUGUUCCAGGAAGUGUGGUGAUUCACUCCUCCAACCCCACCACCAACACCAUCCAGGGGCCUAACGUUGUCAUGUACGGGGACGCCCUCUACUACAACUGCUACAACAAGGACGCUGUCUGCCGUUUCAACAUCACCGCCAAAACGGUCACCCCCAUGGUUCUGCCCAAAGGUACUGGGUUCAACAGCAAGUUCAACUUCUGCCAUCUGGAUGCUUGCUACGGUUACACUGACAUGGACCUGGCUACUGAUGAGUCUGGUGUCUGGGUGAUCUACAGCACCCCUGAUAACUUUGGUAACCUGGUCCUCGCUGAGGUGAUCCCUGGCAGUCCUCCCACACUAGGCCGGACCUGGACCACUUCAGCUCACAAGCGUGCUGUGACCAACACCUUUAUGGCAUGCGGUGUGCUCUACGCCACGCGGUACCUGAAUAAGGAAGCUGAGGAGAUCUUCUACUCCUUUGAUACUGUGAGCGGCCGGGAGCGAUAUGACAUCGGUAUAGAGAUCAAGAAAAUGUCCAUCAACAUCCAGUCCCUCAACUACAGCCCCGUUGACCACAUGCUGUAUGCCUACAGUGAUUCGAUGGUUGUUUCCUACAAGGUUCAUUUUGGGUAAACUAUAUACAUCAACAUUUGAGUCUCAUCUAAAUAAAAAGUGUUUAUUGCUCA